AUGGAUCCCCCAGACUUCUCCUCCAUGAACCUGACCGUGCAGCCCACCCCCUUCUCGUACCCGGUGUGUGCGCGCUGGGCGGACCGCUCGGAGGGCUCGGUGUUCCAUCUGGCACACCUGCUGCUGUUCCUGGGGCUGAUGGGCGGCAGCGGGCUCUACGGACUGCUCUACCUCUUCACCCUCCUGACCCUCGGCUUCUUCUGCCUCACCGUGUGGUCCUGGUCCGAGCCCUGCACCAGCGACGCCUUCCUCUGGAGCCUGGCGCUGUUCGCUGCGUGUUUGGCGCAGGGCGCGCACGUGUCGUACCGGCUGCGCAGCGUGGCGGUGGGGCCGGACUUUGCAGAGCUAUAUGCGCGGCUCUUCCAGAGACUCGGCGUCUCGCUCACGCACUACGCCAAGAUUGUGGCGUGCUGUGAGCGGCACGUGCACGUGCUGGAGCGCGACCACUGCUUCGCUGUGGAGGGAAAGACCGCCAUCGACAAGCUGUCGGUGCUUCUGGAGGGACGGAUCAGUGUGACGGUGAACGGAGAGUUCCUUCACUACAUUUAUCCGUUCCAGUUCUUGGACUCUCCAGAGUGGGACUCGCUCCGGCCGUCAGAGGAAGGCAUCUUUCAGGUGACGCUGCGAGCUGACCACCGCUGCCGGUACGUGACAUGGCGCAGGAAGAGGCUAUACUUGCUCUUUGCCAAACACCGGUACCUCGCCAAGAUCUUCGCCCUGGUGGUGAGACACGAUAUCGCAGAAAAACUUUACUCCCUCAACGACAAGGCCUUCGACUGCUCCGGCCACCGCUACGACCUGAGGCUGCCCAGCUUCUGCCACCCGCCCGAGUUACCCAAGGAGAGCACCCCGGACCAGACCACAGACCAGACCACGGACCAGACCACAGACCAGACCACGGACCAGACCACAGACCCACCUGUAGACCCUGCACCUGGGCCCAGGGAGCAGGGGGAGGGGCUGCUGAAGCGCCUGUCGCCCCCGUCUCCACACACCGCGCUGUCCCGGAGCCUCCAGCCCGUUCUGAAGGCUCUCUCCCGCGUCCACACUGCUGCAGGACCCCCGCCACGGCUGAAGCAGACCCGCGAGCAAAGUUGGUGA